CACAACACGAUCGGAAAUGAAGUAGCGCAUUAUUUAGAAGACGUCCGGACGUCAAUAUUUUUAUUUCUGUUAUGCAAGUAUUUCUAAAUAAUAACAGCAAAAUUGUUCUUGAAAUUAAAUAAAGAUGGAGAACAUGGCUGAUAGUCAGGAACUUUCUUGGCGAUCUCAAAGUUUUCGGCAAAAUGUUAGAGCUAAAAUCGAAGAAGCGAUCCGCCAAUCUGGAAAUCCUACUCAAAAGAGUGUACCAGAAAUGGAAACUCAUGUUUUCCAAAAAGCAAAGAGUAAAGAGGAAUAUUUGGGAUAUGUGGCAAGAUUGAUUAUACAUGUCCGGGAAAUGAAUUCUAAGAAAUCAAUGACUGGACCUGUUGCAUCCUCUAACAUGGGACCUGGAGGUGGUGUGGGACAGCCUUCUGAUCCAAUGAGUGCUCUUAAAAGUAUGGCUGGACAAGGUAGUGGGACAGUUACAAUCCAAUCACAACCAGGACAGACACAAAUGACUGCAUCUCUUUUAGGGUCUGGUGGUACUAUCAGUCAAAUGCCAACUCCUCCUCAACCACAGCAGAUUCAAGUACAGUCAAUGGGAUCUGGUAUAAAUCCAGCAAGUGGACCCAAUGUUGUUCCACAAUCAAUUAAUCCACAAGGGAUGAAUCCCAUGGUUAUGCAGCCAACUAGGUUUUUAGGACCUGGCAAUGUAAUGAAUCCACAAUCUGUGCAACCUAGGCAAAUGAUGGCACCAAAUGUGUUGAUACAGAAAUUCAGACAGCAAGGCCCUCCUCCUAACGUUACUAGCACUAAUAUUCCAAUGCAAGGGAAUUACAACGAUACUAUGUUCAUGCAGUCCCAACAAAGUCCACUUUCAACUCAGUAUCAAGGUCACAGUCCUGCACCUGCUGCUGGCUGUUUGCCUAAUCAGGGACCUAACAGUAAUCAAUCAGCUGUUCCAUCUCCUGCUAGUCAUCAUCCUCAAAGUCUUGGACCCCAAAUGGUGGCUUCUCCAGCUGUCUAUGGGCAGAGUCCUAAUCCUCAGAUAGCCCCAUCGCCAGCAGGGAGUUACAAUGUUCGAACACCUGGAGCUCCUUCUCCUGGUAGUGCAUUAAACACACCAAUUCCUAGUGGGCCAACUGCUAGUCCUAUAAACAGAACUCAAGAAGAUUGUUAUCUAGAAAAGAGGAAGCAACUCGCCAAAUAUGUUGAACCUCUGAAGAGAAUGAUCAGUCGUAUUGAGAAAGAUGAAAAUAAAAAGAAAGACUUAAGCCGAAUGAAAAGUCUGUAUGAUAUAUUGACUGAUCCUAACAAGAGAUGUCCCAUGGAUGUUCUGAUAAAAUGUGAACAAGUUCUUGAAAAAAUGAAUCCAUCAUUUUUACAAAUGGAUGGUAUAACACCGCCUGCCCAACCUACUACUGUCCCUAUGAAAUCACAAGAACAAAAUAUAUGUCAACCCCUAAUUGAUGCAUUAAACAAUAUCAGUAAAUCUCCUAUGUUUAAUCAUAUACUGGAAAAAACAUUUGGACCACCUAUUACAGCACUCUUUGGAUCUAGUGUUAGAACUCCUUCUCCACCUCCUAAGCGCAGAAAAGCAGAUGACGAUUCUGCUGAAAUAUCUGAUGUUCUGCAAGGAGAAAUUGCUCGUCUUGAUCAAAAAUUUAAAGUACAAUUAGAUCCUGUUCAGCAUCAAGGAUCAAAAACUGUGAAUCUCAUUUGUCAACUGGAUGAUAAAAAUUUGCCUUGUGUUCCAUCAAUAAGUAUUACAGUGCCUGAAAAUUACCCUGAAAAACCUCCUCAAUGUUAUACAACCAAAGAUGAAUAUGAAUCUACUUCGAUUCUGCAAAGCAUUCAGCAAGUACUUUGUACUCGGUUAAGCACAAUGCCACAAAAAUAUUCUAUUACAUCAUUGCUGGAUACAUGGGAAAUGAGUGUACGUCAAGCCUGUGCUUCUAAGCCUAUUGGAGUUGAAUCUUAACUCUUAUUUAUUGAAAGAAUAUUACAUAUUUAAUAUUUUAAGUGUUGUGUUUGACAACUGUAUAUUAAAGUAUUAGUGUAUAAACAAUAAAAUAUUUUAUUCUA